AUAUGGCAAGCCAGGUCAGAGAGCGACGGCUCAUCACCUCUCACCCAAGCCAACCACAGAAUGACAAAUUCACAAUACUCCCUCCGCCAAGCUAACCCAUCCAAGCAAGCAACAGAAUUCCUCGUAUAAUUCUAGUAUAUAUCGUUCUAUCUUCGUCUCGGGCGAGCUUCAGCUGCACCGAUCAACAAUGGGAAUGGAGUACGCUUCAUCCACGACGGCGUCUUCCAUGUUCCUGCCUUUCCUUGCGAUGUUCGCGGCCAUCUACCUCCUCGGCUACUUCGUGGUCUUCCGGCGCUGGAGCCUGCAGCAGCGGCCGGACGCGUCGAGCUGCCUCACCUCGCUCUUCCACGGCACGCCGGCGACGCUGCUGGCGCUGCGCGCAGUGCUGUCCAGCCCGAGGGCCGGCGACCUCGCGGCGCCCAACAUGCCCGCCGACGACCUCGCCCUCGACUUCAGCACGGCCUACUUCACCGUCGACCUCAUCCACUACCUCGUCUUCCUGCCCCACGAGGUGCUCUUUGUGGCGCACCAUCUCGCCACGCUCUACGUCUUCGCCACCUGCCGCGCCGCCGUGCGUCGCGGCGCCUACGGGUUGCUCGCCCUGGAGGUGCUCGCCGAGGCCACCAGCCUGGCGCAGAACCUGUGGACGCUGGCCGGCAUGCGGCGCGCCGACUCGACGCUGGCCGCCAGGGCGCACGCCGCGCUGUCGCUCCCGUUCUACGCGGCUUACACGGCCAUGAGGGCGGUCCUCGGGCCGGUCUGGUUCGUGAGGAUGGUGAAAUUCUACGCCGCGGAUGGUGGUGUGCCGACGUGGGCGUGGGCGUCGUGGAGCGUGGUGAUUGGGUCCGCGAUACUGGUGAGCGUGCUGUGGGUGGGCAACCUGUGGUUCGUCUACUUCAGACAAAGGAUGGGGAGCAACAAGAAGGAACAAUGAUGGGCUCCUUAAUUUUAAUAAUUUUCUCAUAGGGUGUUUGGUUAGCUGAAAUGUUAAAAAAUUGAUGUAAGAUUUUAAGAUUUCACGUCAUAAUUCUCUUGUAAAACAAAUAAGUUUGCCAUGUUGUAGGAGAUUUGCCAUCCUCUAAAGCGAAAAUUGUCAUGUUGUAAAAGAAAUGACAGAAAUUUGUCAA